ACAUGGACAUUCUCGUUUCCGGUAGAAAUUCGUGAGAGGAAACCGAGAUGCUUGGUUAUGUUGUUUUGGCUUAUCGGGAUUUGACACGGUAUACAAAAAGAUAAGGGCGUAUGUAAGGCAUGAUAAAUAAGGGCACGAGGUUAUUGGAGUGCGGCCACGAAGCUCACGGAUCUAACAACCAAGCACUCAACUCCGUUGCGGAUUCCUCAGAAAAAGAAGCGAACACCAAUGAUUCUUCUUCGCAGUGUGUGACAGACACAAUGUUAAAGCAUCUCAGUUUAGUGCUCCUGACUUUACAAAAUGCUUGUCUCAUCUUGGUCAUGCGGUACACCCGCACCAGGAAGGGGGACAUGUAUUAUGCCACGACUGCCGUUGUGAUGUCAGAGGCCCUAAAGGUCCUGACCUCUCUGGCUAUUUUGGCCUAUCAAGAAAAGACUCUUUCUAAUUUUUUGUGCUACCUUAGAGACAAUAUAUGGAGACAGCCCAUGGACUGUUUGAAAGUGUCUGUUCCCUCCAUAGUAUACACUCUGCAGAAUAACUUAUUAUAUAUAGCUCUUUCCAAUUUAGAUGCAGCAACAUUUCAAGUAUCAUAUCAGCUGAAGAUCUUAACCACUGCAUUGUUCUCUGUCCUGAUGCUGAACAGAAAACUCAGCCCUCAGCAGUGGAGUGCCCUAGUGAUAUUAUUUGUGGGGGUGGCAUUAGUCCAGUUCCGACCCCAAGAUUCAAAGUCCACAAAAUCGAACUUAAACCAAAAUCCCAUGAAGGGCUUAUUUGCUGUGAUGCUUUCGUGUUUCAUGUCCGGUUUCGCCGGAGUUUACUUUGAGAAAAUUCUCAAGGGCACGAAACAGUCGCUGUGGUUGAGGAACGUUCAGCUGGGAAGCCUGGGUGUGAUUAUAGGACUCAUCACCAUGGAGAUUAAAGACGGGCCAAAGAUUCAGGAGAAUGGAUUUUUCUUUGGUUAUGAUUACGCGGUGUGGGUGGUGAUUUUAUUUCAGUCUCUCGGCGGACUUCUCGUGGCGGUUGUGGUGAAGUAUGCGGAUAACAUCCUCAAAGGGUUUGCUACCUCUGCAGCCAUCGUUUUGUCCUGCAUUGUUUCUAUAUACUUGUUUGACUUUAAGCUCUCACUACCGUUCACAACAGGUGCCUUUUUAGUGAUUAUGUCUGUGUGUAUUUAUAGCAAAUAUGUUCCUACCAGUACCCAUCCUCCAAAUUUAGUCACUAUUGCUGUGAAAGAAAAGUCACCAUCUAGAGUAAUGUAGGGGUUAUUCUCUGCAUGCAUUUUUUUGUUCAUAUUGGUGCCCUAGAAAGCAUAUAUGUAGGUAUAUUUUAUAUGUGUGCACUUGAAAUUUGGUUGAUAAUGGUGAUUUUUUUCACAAGUAUUUGAGUUCUGUCUUGUCUAAUAUGUGUAAUCAUCACAAGAUAAGGACCUUGUAUGCUUUUUUUUUUGCCUACAUACUGCCAGUCCCAAAAAUUAAAUUAUUCUCUAAACCUCCCUUUCAGUGAAUAUAGUUGUAAAGUCACAUUUGCUACUUUUAGAAUGAAAUGCAGUGAAGGAAACACAGGCAUACUUAUGAAAUGAUGUCACAAUUUCACUUGAUGAUGUCAGAAUUUCACUGAAUGAUGUCAUUUUUAGCUCUACUGGUCAGAGACCAGAAGAGCUUAUGCGAUAGUAAUGCGUCCGUCGUCCGUCCGUCUGUCUGUCUGUCCGUCCGUCUGUCUGUCUGUAAACAAUUUUUCAAAAUGCUACUCCUCCUACAGUUUUGGUCUGAUUUCAAUAUAACUUGGCCCACAAGUACACUACACUAAGAUACAUAAUUCUGUGUAUCGGUUUUUGAUUUCGAUGAACGGUGUUGCCGUUGUUACUAAAAAUAGAAAUUUCUGUGAAAUUCUUUCAAAAUGCUACUCCUCCUACAGUUUUGGUCUGAUUUCAAUAUAACUUGGCACACAAGUAGACUACACUAAGAUACAUAAUUCUGUAUAUCGGUUUUUGAUUUUGAUGAACGGUGUUGCCAUUGUUACUAAAAAUAGAAAUUUCUGUGAAAUGUUUUCAAAAUGCUACUCCUUCUACAGUUUUGGUCUGAUUUCGAUAUCACUUGGCACACAAGUAGACUACACUAAGAUACAUAAUUCUAUAUACCGGUUUUUGAUUUCGAUGAACAGUGUUGCUGUUGUUUCUAAAAAUAGAAAUUUCUGUGAAAUUCUUUCAAAAUGCUACUCCUUCUACAGUUAUGGUCUGAUUUCAGUAUAACUUGGCACACAAGUACACUACACUAAGAUACAUAAUUCAGUAUAUCGGUUUUUGAUUUCAAUGAACGGUGUUGCCGUUGUUACUAAAAAUAGAAAUUUCUGUGAAAUUCUUUCAAAAUGCUGCUCCUCCUACAGUUUUGGUCUGAUUUCAAUAUAACUUGGCCCACAAGUAGACUACACUAAGAUACAUAAUUCCGUGUAUCGGUUUUUGAUUUCGAUGAACGGUGUUGCCAUUGUUACUAAAAAUAGAAAUUUCUGUGAAAUUCUUUCAAAAUGCUACUCCUUCUACAGUUUUGGUCUGAUUUCGAUAUCACUUG